CAAACAUCUCAUUUGUCAGUUUUGUCGUUUUGUGAUAAGCCUUGCAAAUAAAGUAAAUUUAUUUUACAUUUAUUAAUUUUACAAGUUAAACUUUAAUAUUAGCAUUUAUUUUGUGCAUGUUCUGAAACUUUUUUGUUAUGUUCUAGUAUUUGGUGAUUAAGAAGACUGUGUAGUGUAUUAUACAUUCAUACAUAAUUAACAGAAUGUCUCACAAAAAUUCGUCUGGGAUUAGUCCGAUGGCUGGUGGUUUAAAACAAAUUGACUUAGAUCAAAUAUGGGGCGACCUAAAUGCUGGAAUAGAGCAUGUUUAUAUAAGACAAACUAUGACCAAACCGCGUUAUAUGCAACUUUAUACUCAUGUAUACAAUUAUUGUACAUCUGUUCAUCAACAACAAAGUAACGGAAGAAAUAAUGCAAACAUUAAUACUAAGAGUAAGAAAAAUCAAGUAUCUGGUGGUGCACAGUUAGUUGGACUAGAAUUAUAUCGAAGGUUAACUGAAUUUUUACGAAAUUACUUGAUAUCAUUACUGUCCGAAGGAAUGCAUUGCAUGGAUGAAGAUGUACUUAAGUUUUACACAAGACAGUGGGAAGAAUAUCAGUUUAGUAGUAAAGUACUAGAUGGAAUGUGUGCAUAUUUAAAUCGACAUUGGGUAAAAAGAGAAUGUGAAGAAGGUCGUAAAGGUAUAUAUGAAAUUUAUCAACUUGCCUUAGUUACCUGGCGAGAUCAUCUUUUUAAACAACUUAAUAAACAAGUAACAAAUGCGGUCCUUAAACUUAUUGAAAGAGAAAGAAAUGGUGAAACCAUUAACACAAGAUUAGUGUCUGGAGUGAUAAAUUGUUAUGUUGAAUUGGGAUUAAAUGAAGAAGAACCGGGACAAAGAGGACCAAAUCUCAGUGUUUAUGUAGAAAGUUUCGAAAAAGUUUUUCUUGAAGAUACUGAACGUUUUUAUACAAGAGAAAGUACCAACUUUUUGGCACAGAAUCCUGUAACAGAAUAUAUGAAAAAAGCUGAACAGCGGCUUUUGGAGGAGCAAAAACGUGUACAAACGUAUUUGCAUGAAACAACAAGUGAUCGACUAGCUAAGACAUGUGAACGCGUUCUUAUACAGAAACAUUUGGAACUGUUUCAUGCAGAGUUUCAGCAGUUGCUAGACUCUGAUAAAGAUACUGACCUCGGUCGCAUGUAUUCGUUAGUCGCGAGAAUAACCGACGGUCUUGGCGAAUUGCGCACACUUCUCGAACAGCACAUCUGUAAUCAGGGUCUUGCUGCAAUUGAAAAAUGUGGCGAAGCAGCACAUAAUGAUCCUAAAGUGUACGUGAACACAAUACUGGAGGUUCAUAAAAAGUAUAAUGCUUUAGUUUUGGUAGCAUUCAAUAACGACAGCGGUUUCGUAGCUGCUUUAGACAAAGCUUGUGGUCGUUUUAUAAAUGCAAAUGCAGUCACCAAAUUGGCCAACUCUAGUAGUAAAUCGCCUGAACUUCUGGCAAAAUAUUGCGAUUUGUUACUAAAGAAAUCCAGCAAAAACCCCGAAGAGGCUGAACUUGAAGACACUCUGAACCAAGUGAUGGUGGUUUUCAAAUACAUUGAGGAUAAAGAUGUCUUUCAGAAGUUCUACAGUAAGAUGCUUGCAAAACGUCUUGUACAACAUAUGUCUGCUAGUGAUGACGCGGAAGCUUCGAUGAUUUCGAAAUUAAAACAAGCCUGUGGUUUUGAAUAUACAUCAAAACUUCAGAGAAUGUUCCAGGAUAUCGGUGUUUCUAAAGAUUUGAAUGAACAGUUCCGAAAUCACCUUAAUAAUUCUGGCGAACUCCUAGAUAUAGAUUUCAGCAUACAGGUUCUUUCUUCAGGAUCGUGGCCAUUUCAACAGUCUUUCACUUUUGGUCUACCAAGCGAACUGGAACGCAGUGUUCAUAGAUUUACCAGUUUCUAUUCCAGUCAGCAUUCGGGUCGAAAAUUAAAUUGGCUGUAUAACAUGUCAAAAGGUGAACUGGUUACCAAUUGUUUUAAAAAUAGGUACACACUUCAAGCCAGCACUUUCCAAAUGGCAAUAUUGUUACAGUACAACGUUUCAGAGGCCUGGACAAUUUCUCAGUUGUCUGAAAACACCCAAAUAAAGACCGAUUUUCUUAUACAGGUCUUACAAAUUUUAUUAAAAGCUAAAUUAUUGGUCUGUGAUGAUGAUGAAAAUGAUCUAGCUCCAAGUUCAGUGGUGGCCUUGUUUACUAGCUAUAAAAAUAAAAAGCUCCGAGUGAAUAUAAAUAUUCCAAUGAAGACAGAACUAAAAUUGGAACAAGAAACCACCCACAAACAUAUCGAGGAAGAUAGAAAGCUACUGAUCCAGGCAGCUAUUGUUCGAAUUAUGAAAAUGCGAAAGGUUCUCAAGCACCAACAGCUCGUUGCAGAAGUACUGAAUCAAUUAUCGAUGCGAUUUAAGCCGAAAGUACAAAUUAUAAAGAAAUGUAUCGAUAUAUUGAUCGAAAAAGAGUAUUUAGAGAGGACAGAAGGUCAAAAGGACACAUACAGCUACCUUGCCUGAUUUGUGAUAGUACU